GAGUCGGCGUUCGACCUGCAGGACGUGGACGCCGAGUACGCGCGCGUGGACGAGCGGUUCGAGAAGAAGCUGCAGGAGUUCAAGGCCAGCGGCGGGCGGUUCAACCCGGACGUGCUGGGCCAGCUGCGGGUGCGGCCGGACCGCGAGUCGACGCACACGUACCCGCUGCACGAGCUGGCGUCGGUGGUGCACCGCGGCGGGCGCAGCGUGUCCAUCAUGGUCAGCGACGCGGCGUACAUCAAGCCCAUCAUGAGCGCCGUGCAGAACAGCGCCGAGUUCAACCAGCAGCCGCAGCGCGACCCGGACAACGACCUAGAGCUAGUGCUGCGCGUCGAGCCCGAGAACCCCGAGGAGCAGGCCAAGAGGCUCAAGGGCGAGUGUAAUGCCUGGAAGGACGCGGUGCGCGACGUCCUGGCCACGAGGAAGAGCAAGCAUGCCACGUGGCAGAAGGCCAAGCACCUGACCAAGGACGAUGUCAAGAACCUGGACAAGAUGGUCAAGGCCAAGCAGGAUAAGAAGCUCGAGGCGAUUGAGAAGAAGGAGAAGCAGCUGCAGGUCGAGCUGGCAAACAGACAGAAGAGGCUGUAA